CCAGAGCUCGGACCAGCACGAACAUCUGGCCUCAAGCUAUCCACCAGCAGCAGCAGCAUCACCACAGUGCGUCAUCUCCCAAUUCCGCACACAACACCGCAUCGCUCGACACACAUCCUCGAGAUCUCACAACAAUGGCCCCAAAACAGCGCAGCACCGCCCCAACCGGCUCCCCAGCUACGACCACAACUACAACAGCUACCCCAUCAGCACCUGCUCGCUCAAGCAAAGCAAACAACACAGACGCCGCCGCCAUUGCGCAGGGAAUAUGGAAUAAAUACGUCGACAAGACACCCCAGCGAACUAAGCUGCUGGACACCUUCCUUGCUUUCCUCGUUAUCGUCGGUGCUCUGCAGUUCCUCUACGUGGUCUUGGUUGGAAACUUUCCUUUCAACGCCUUCCUCUCCGGUUUCAGCGCAACAGUCGGCCAAUUCGUCCUCACAGCCUCGUUGCGCAUCCAGACAAACUCGGAGAACAAGGCGCAUUUUGAAAACAUUUCGCACGAGCGGGCGUUUGCGGAUUUCGUCUUUGGCAGUUUAUUGUUGCACUUCUUCUGUGUCAACUUUAUCAACUGAGGGGGAAGAUGCGUUGAGGACGAGCAAAAAGAGAGGGAGAGAAUACAAGAGAAAAGGUACAAGGUAGAGUAGCAAUUGUGUCACAGGCUGAGGACAUCACAGAAGAGAGGUCUCGGGAUUGAACAUGUGUAAGAAUACCAGAGAUA